AUCUCAUCCAAAUUAUAUGAACCAGAAUAAAGGUCCACACGCUUUCACAAGAGUUUAUCUCAUUCUUUCUAUUUAUAUGAACCAGAAUGAAUGUGUAAUCCUUCACAAGAAAUAUAUCGUAAUACAUGGCUAUGUCCCUGGCAUCUUCUUCCUCUCACCACGCUUCUUUGAAGAAAUAUGAUGUUUUCAUCAGCUUUCGAGGCGAAGAUACACGCGUUGGUUUCAUAAGCCAUCUUUAUAAAGCUUUGCGCCGAAAACAUAUCCAUACCUACAUUGACAACUUGAUUGAAAAAGGAGAUCAAGUUUGGGCAGAACUUGUGAAGGCAAUGAAACAAUCCACUUUGUUUCUUGUCGUGUUCUCGAAGAACUACGCAUCUUCAACAUGGUGUUUGAACGAACUGGUUGAGAUAAUGGAGUUAUUCGACAUUAACAAAAAUGAAGAUGACAACGUUGUUGUUAUUCCUGUGUUCUACCAUGUUGACCCUUCACACGUGAGGAAGCAAACUGGGAGUUAUGGCACUGCCUUGGCUAAACACAAGAAGCAAGGCAACGACCAUGAGAUGCAAAAAUGGAAUACUGCUCUUUCUGAAGCUGCUAAUUUGUCUGGUUUUCAUUCAACCACAUACAGGACUGAAUCCGAAUUAAUUGGAGACAUUACCGGAGCUGUAUUAAGAAAAUUAAAUCAACAAAGCACAAUUGAUCUUACUUGUAAUUUCAUACCUGAUGAAAACUAUCGGAGCAUUCAAUCUUUAAUAAAAUUUGAUUCAACAGAAGUUCAAAUCAUUGGAGUUUGGGGUAUGGGAGGCAUUGGUAAGACAACCCUUGCCACUGCUAUGUUUCAAAGGGUCUCUUUCAAAUAUGAUGGCAGUUGCUUCUUUGAAAAGGUUACAGAAGUAUCAAAAAGUCGUGGAAUCAAUUACACAUGCAACAAACUUCUUUCUAAGUUACUAAAAGAAGAUCUUGAUAUUGACACUCCCAAACUAAUAUCAUCCAUGAUCAGAAGAAGACUCAAAAGCAUGAAAUCUUUCAUUGUACUAGAUGAUGUACAUAAUUCAGAACUUCUGCAAAACUUGAUUGGAGUAGGACAUGGUUGGCUAGGAUCUGGUAGUACAGUCAUUGUGACUACUAGGGAUAAACAUGUGCUGAUAAGUGGAGGAAUUAAGACAAUAUAUGAAGUUAAGAAGAUGAACUCCCGAAAUUCCCUCCGACUUUUUUGUUUGAAUGCUUUUAACAAAGUCUCACCUAAGGAUGGAUAUGUGGAGCUCUCAAAAAGAGCAAUUGAUUAUGCCAGAGGAAACCCUUUAGCUUUACAAGUAUUGGGAUCAUUACUUAGUUGUAAAAAUGAAAAAGAAUGGGAUUGUGCAUCAGCUAAACUGAGAAAAAUACCAAACAAUGAAAUUGAUUCUAUAUUCAGAUUGAGUUUUAAUGAAUUGGAUAAAACAGAGCAAAAUAUAUUUUUGGAUAUUGCAUUCGUUUUCAAAGGACAGGAAAGGAAUAGCAUAACAAAAAUAUUGAAUGAGUGUGGGUUCUUCGCUGAUAUAGGGAUAAGUCGUCUUUUAGACAAGGCUCUUGUAACGGUAGACUCUGAAAAUUGCAUACAAAUGCAUGGCUUGAUACAGGAAAUGGGAAAACAAAUUGUUCGUGAAGAAUCACUUAAGAAUCCCGGACAACGCAGUAGAUUAUGUGAUCCUGAGGAAGUUUAUGACGUAUUGAAAAAUAAUAGAGGAUCUGAGAAAGUUGAAGCCAUAUAUUUAGAUGCUACUGAAUCCAUUCAUGUAAAUUUAAGACCCGAUGCAUUUGAAAAUAUGGAAAAUCUAAGGUUGCUUGCUUUUCAAGACCGCGAAGGAGUUACAUCUAUAAGGUUUCCACACGGUCUUGGUUUAUUGCCAAAAAAUCUAAGAUUUCUUCGAUGGGAUGGCUAUCCAUUGAAAACUGUCCCUCUAACCUCCUCUCUUGAAAUGCUUGUGGAGCUUUCCUUGAAACAAAGCCAUGUGGAAAAACUUUGGAAUGGAGUAGUGAAUUUGCCCAAUUUAGAGAUAAUUGACCUCAAUGGCUCCAAAAAGCUGAUAGAGUGUCCAAACGUGUCUGGUUCUCCGAAUCUAAAAGAAGUAAUACUUAGAGAAUGUGAAAGCAUGCCUGAAGUUGAUUCAUCAAUUUUCCAUCUCCAAAAGCUUGAAAGAUUAAACGUGUGUGGGUGUACGUCGCUUAAGAGCCUUUCCAGUAACACUUGUUCACCAGCCCUCCGUCAUUUUAGUUCUGUAUAUUGCAUCAAUCUUAAAGAGUUCUCAGUCCCAUUAACUUCCGUUCAUUUGCAUGGGCUUUAUACAGAGUGGUAUGGGAAUGAACUUCCAUCAUCUAUAUUGCAUGCACAAAAUCUUAAAAACUUUGGCUUUUCUAUUAGUGAUUGUCUUGUGGAUCUUCCUGAAAACUUUUGCGAUUCUUUUUAUCUUGUGAGUGAAAAGAAUCGUGAAAAUGACCCUUUCAUCACCUUAGAUAAAAAUACUUUCUUCUGGUCCUGCCUUCCGGACUGUAAAAGAAUUGAUCAUUGUUGAAAUUCCUAUCUUGUAUGAAAUCCCAGACAGUAUCUCUUUACUAUCAUCAUUAGUGAUUUUAAGACUGCUGUGUAUGGCCAUUAAAAGCCUGCCUGAAUCCCUUAAGUAUCUUCCCCAACUCCGAUUGGUUCAUGUUUCCAAAUGUAAAUUGCUUCAAUCUAUUCCGGCGCUUUAUCGCUUCAUUCCAAAUUUGAGUGUCUGGGAUUGUGAAUCUCUUGAGGAAGUGUUAAGUUCAACGGGUGAACUGUAUGACAAACCCAGUCUUUAUUAUAUUGUGGUCCUUAUUAACUGCCAAAAUUUGGAUACACAUUCAUACCAAACAGUUUUGAAAGAUGCUAUGGUUCAAAUUGAACUUGAAGCAAGAGAAAAUUCAGAAAAUGAAUAUGGACACAAAGAUAUUAUUUUCAACUUCUUACCAGCUAUGCCUGGCAUGGAAAAUUGGUUCCAUUACUCUUCUACUGAAGUUUGUGUCACUCUUGAGCUUCCUUCUAAUUUGUUGGGUUUUGCCUACUACUUGGUUCUUUCACAAGGUCGUAUAAGAUCUGAUAUAGGUUUCGGAUAUGAGUGCUACUUGGACAAUAGUUCAGGUGAAAGAAUCUGGAAAAAAUGUUUCAAAAUGCCCGACUUGAUACAAUAUCCCAGCUGGAAUGGUACUUCAGUCCACAUGAUUUCAGAUCAUUUGGUUUUAUGGUAUGAUCCAGAAAGUUGCAAGCAGAUAAUGGAUGCAGUUGAACAAAUAAAAGUCAUUACUGACGUGAACAACACCAGUUACGAUCCAAAGCUUACGUUUACAUUCUUUAUUAAUGAAACUCUAUAUGAUGAAGUAGAAAUAAAAGAGUGUGGAUUUCACUGGAUUUAUCAAGAGGAAACAGUUUCUUCGAUAAUUUCUGAAUCACAUGAUGAAGAAGAAGUUUUUCAAUCCAAUGAUCAUGAAGAAAUAGUUUCUCCAACAAAUUUUGAAUCGGAUGCUCUAGAAGACACAAUUCCUCCAAGAAAGAAAUUAAAGCUAGACAUUGUUAAGAUUGGAAAAGGCAACGUGGCACCAUCAGGUGGCAAAUCUUAUUCUGUUAAUGAUCAAGGACAGGUUGCAUCUAAUGCUGAAAUUAAGGGCACGAGAAAGAGUUGCAGAGUAAGAAAGCCUAACAGAAUUUAUGAGUGACUUACUACUUAAGUAAUUGGAAGAGAAUUUAUGUCACUUAGUACUUGAAGCUUUUGUACUUCUGGAAUUUGAAUCUUCUCUCCGCUGUCAAACCUAGAACUAGAUGAAACAUAAUACUCGAGAAGCUGCUAAGAAGCAUGGUUCGAAAAACAAAAAACAAGUUCAUAGGUAGCAAACAGCAGAGGAAAAUCCGAGGAGGAAAAGGGGCCUUUAACAAUGCUUUUGAUACAAAUUUCACAAAUUCACUUUCUUUGUGCAAAUUUGAAUUCUUUGAUUUCAUUCUCUGAACCAUCAAAUGUUUAACUUGGCCAAUGAAGAAGCCUUGCGUUGUGCCCUCCAGGCAUUUUGGAAGGCUCGAAACAAGGCUUUAGCUUUAAAGAAGAAGCAAGAGUUUGAGGCUGAUAAUUAGAGGGCUAAGAGAAAGAGAAAGAGAAAGAAGAUGUAGGAGCAGUUACUAAAGCAUUCUCAAAUUGGAAGUUGGAAUCAUGUGUGUCAAUGGGUUAUUCUCUAUGUGUGGGUGCUUGACCCUAUGGUGUAGAAAGACUAUAACUUUGGGGGUUAGGUGCUACGUUUUUUUUUUUUUUUUUUUUUGUGUAUUCCGGUGUUAGAUUUAUGUUCUUCGAUCUGUAUCAAAUAUUAUUCCUCAUGUUUUGAUUUCAUUGAGCAAAUUUUUAUUUGUCUA